AUGAAUAUUAAUUAAGAGGCAGUAAAAGCACAUAUAUCUUAAAUGCUGGCUCAGUUGAGAUAGUUGAAGGAAAAGAUCUAAAAUUUAGAAAUACCUGAAUUGGGAAAUCAAGCCAGUUAUAAUAAAAACACUGAUUUAAUUGAAGGUUCAAAAUAACAACUACAUCAUAUAAUUACUUAAUAUUUCAAAGACAUCCAAAACAUUUACAUCUAUUUAAGUCGGUUCUAUCCAACCACAGCCUUAAAAUAAUAUAUGAAAUAAGAAAUUGAGAGUAUAUUUGCCUAAUUAUCAGAAUACAAGAAGAAAAUGAAUGAAAAAUAAUUUUCCUAAUUGGAUUAUGAGGAAUUUUAGGCUGCUAAUUAUCCUGCAAAGAAAGAUGAAAUACAAUAAGAAUGCAUGCAAAUAUAAACUGAGAGCUAUCCCAAUCAUACAAGCGAAUGUAUGCCAAAUAUCAAGGUUCAAAAUAGAAUUACAGAAAGCCUUUACUUUGGUCUCAAUUAAUAUGCUUCAGUCUAUUGGCCAAGCAAAAAAGGAAAGGCCGAGAGUCUUUUCAUUAACAAACCAAAUUUCUUUAUUGAAAACACUAUUUGCAUACCAUAUGCUCAAGAUAAUAAAUUAUAUGCCUAUGAUUAUGCUUCCUAAAAGAUAUUCUAAACAGAAAUGAACGAAUAAAUACCAGAUCACAGUUCCUUUUUGAAUUUACCUGGUGGAAAUUUAUUCAUCAGUGGAGGUGUAAAUGCAUAAGGAUAGGUCUUAGGAGAAUGCAGAUAUAUUGACAUCUCAAAAGGAACUGUAUUGAAAUUACCUGACAUGCUUGUAAAGAGAGUAGGACAUACUUUGGUAUACAUUUAACCAAAUACAUUUUGGUCAGAAGCACCAAAAGGAUAUAUUUAUGCCAUUGGAGGUAGAACACAUAACAAUUUCAGAACAAAAUUAUGUGAGAGAUUCAAUAUAGAGAAUCAAUAAUGGGAGGAGAUUGAAAAAUUAAAUGAUGCUCGAUCAAGGUCUUCUUGUGCUUAUUCAGAAGAAUAGCAUGGCAUAUUUGUAUUUUUUGGAACAUCAAGCUAAUAACUAAAUGUUGUAAGUGCAGAGAAAUAUGAUUUAUUGUCAAAGAAAUGGGAACGGUUGUUAAUCCAUAAUCAAUUGGAAGGGUUUGAUGUGAGUUGGGGAAGUGCAAUUUGCAUUAAUGAAGAUUAGAUUCUGAUUUUUGGAGGAUUGAAGGAUAGCCAAUAUUUUGAAAACAAUCUUUAUUUCAGUAAAAAGAUUUUGGUUUACAACAUUCAGAAUGAAAAUAUUACUGUAAAUGAUAGUCAACUUCCAGUAGAUUUGUUACCUUUAGCCACAGUGAUUCAUGAAAACAAAGUGUAUAGUGUUGGGAAAUACAUGAGUUGUGUUCAAUUACCUCCUCAUUAGAGUUUGGGAGAGGGAGCGUUCUUGGUUGAAUUGGGAGAAGUCAAUUCAAUCAUUUGCUUUUUUGGAUGA